UCUUAUUUCCUCUCUUUACUGACUGUUCUGUGAAUAUUUGGACAAAAUCAAAAAAGGAAUCAGUGAUCAGUUCUAAACGAAGGGAAACACUUUCAAAAGGAUUCUUGUGAAGUUUGUUUCAGAGUCGACAGCAGAUCUUUGCUGAUUCUGAUGAUUAUUCAUUAUUGAAAGCAACAUUCAGAAAGUGAAAGUAAAGUUCAGAUCGUUGGAGCUUUUAUAAACAGUGAAAAUGGAUUCUCUCUCUGUGGAAGAACAUUCUUGUCCCGUGUGCUUUGAAAUCUACAAGAAUCCUGUUCUUCUGUCGUGUAGUCACAGUGUGUGUAAAGAGUGUCUUCAACAGUUCUGGAAAACCAAGAGAACUCAGGAGUGUCCUGUCUGCAGGAGAUAUUCAAGAAAAAAACCUCCUCGUAAUCUGGCAUUGAAGAAUUUAUGUGAGUUGUUUGUGAAGGAAAGAAAUGAGAAGGAGGGAAAUGAGAAGGAGAUCUGCAGUUUACACAGAGAGAAACUCAAACUCUUCUGUCUGGAUGAUAAACAGCCGGUGUGUUUCGUGUGCAGAGAUUCAGAGAAACACGUCAAUCAUAAAUUCAGACCCAUCAGUGAAGUUAUUUCAUCUUACAAGGAGGAACUCAAUACAGCACUGAAGUCUUUACAAGAGAAACUCAAACACACAGAAAACAUGAAAGGAGAGUGUGAUAAAUCAGUGCGACACAUCAAGACUCAAGCUGAGCACACAGAGCGUCAGAUUAAAGAGCAGUUUAAGAAGCUUCAUGAGUUUCUCCGACAUGAAGAAGAAGCUACAAUCACUGAACUGAGAGAGGAAGAGGAGCAGAAGAGUCAGAUGAUGAAGAAGAAGCUUGAGGAGAUGAACACACACAUCUCAGCUCUUUCACACACAAUCAAAGACAUGGAGGAAAUGAUGAAAGCCAAUGACGAUGUCUCAUUUCUAAAGAACUUUAAUGUGACAAUGGAAAGAGUCCAGAUCUCACAGCCGGAUCCACAGAUGACUUCUGGAGCUUUCAUUCAUGUGCCACAUUACUUGGGCAACCUGACAUUCAGAGUCUGGAAGAAGAUGCAAGACAUUGUCCACAAGACUCCUGUGAUUCUGGAUCCAAACACUGCAUAUCCAAAUCUGAUCCUGUCUGAUGAUCUGACCAGUGUGAGAUUCAGAUAUAACAGUCAAAUAUUACCUGAUAAUCCAGAGAGAAUUAACUGUGAUCUGUGUGUUCUGGGUUCAGAGGGGUUUAACUCAGGAACACACUGCUGGGAUGUGGAGGUUAAAGACAAUAUAGACUGGAGGCUUGGAGUAACUACAGCAUCAAACCCGAGGAAGGGAAAUGUUUUCUUUAAAACUGAUGUCUGGGGUGUGGGGAACACAGGGUUUUCCUCCGCUGCGUUUAUUGUCACACAAAAUUUUGAGCGUGUGAGAGUUCAUCUGGAUUAUGACGGAGGAAAAGUGUCAUUCUCUGAUCCUGUAACUAACACACAUCUACACACAUUCACACACACAUUUACACACACACUCUUGCCAUUCUUCUGGAGUUAUGAUGCCACUUCUCUGAGGAUUUUACCAGUUAAAUUCACAGUAAUAUCUGAUCCUGCUUACUGAACAUCUCACAAGUAUUUAGUCAUUGAUGCAAUCUUAGAACAUUUAGAUUUCCAAAGGUUAAAUAUGUCAAUAAUACAGUAACUCAAUAUAGUCUACAAAAACUCAACAGAUAAGAUUGAAUGAUCUCAUCAGGCAUAUGAGUGAGUUUUCUUAACAUGAUUUUUGUCAUUUGUAAGUUCAUAGAAAUCAAUUAAAUGUGAUCAUAUGUUUGAUAUUUGCUCCACACUUCAUCUUUACCAGUUUACUCUCAUCUUAACUACCAGUAACUCACUGAACCUUUAAUCUAACCAGCUCCGUCUCAUAAAGGGGCGAUUGAAGAUCCAGAAUACAGUGUACAAUUACAGGAUUUUACAAUCAUUUUCACACAUUUGUCCACCCGAUCUCUUCAUUCAGUUGUCUUUUGUUGUUUUUUGCAGAACUAGAGUUUUAUAUUUGGGGUGGCUAGCGGGUGGACACUGCUACUUUCGGGGGUCCACACACACGCAAUGUUGGUUUUCCAUGUUUUAUGGGAAUUUCCAUAAUGAUUUUUAUACUGUACAAACUGUAUUUUCUAUCCCCUAAACCUAUCCAUCACUUAAAUAUCUAAAUGUAAAAAAUGUGGUAUGUAUGAUUUACAAGCUGUUUAUCUGGUAUUGAUAGGCCUCCCAGGCCCCCCGUCCCUGUCCUGUGGCCUCCUCUCAGGCCCCUUGACCCUGAUCCCAUCCUGUGGCCUCGCCCCAGGCCCCCGUCCCUGUCCGUUGGACUCCCUGUCCCCAGUCCCCGUACGUUGGACUGCCUGUUUGCCCCUUGUGCCCCCUUGGACAAUUUGUUUUUUCUUUUUCUUUUUUUUUCUUUUUGGAGCGUCUGGAAUCCGCUCCCUAAAGCGGGGGCUCUGUCAUGUUCUCUGUUGUCUUUUGUUUUUGUGCUUUUAUGUUGAAGUUUAGUUUAGUUCCUGUUUCCUGUUUGGUUUUUGUAGUCCUUUUGUAGUUUAAUUUUAUGAUUGGUUUUACCCUGAUUAGUUCUCAUUCCCUGAUUGUUUCCCCAGGUGUUCCUCAUUCCCUUGUUUGUUCCUUUAUGUAUUGAAGUCCUUGAUUUCCCUGUUUCCAGUGUUAGUUCUUGCAUGUGUUAUGAUGCUCUGUGCCAGGUUUCCUUUGUUUUCUUUGUCCUGAGUUUUCCUGUUUUUAUUAAUAAAAGCUGCACUUAGAUCCGCAUUCUCUGCCUGCCUUAGUCACACUUACAUUGAUAUCAUGAACUUAUUUAGAGUUGUUUUGACAACCAACAACUGCAACUCAAAUCUG